AUGCCGAAGCAACGCAUGAUAUUCGGCCGUCCCCUCCCCCGCAUCGGCACGCGACGCAUCUCCUUCCUCCUCGUCUCCAUCUCCAUCUUUGCAGUCUUCUCCCUCCUCUUCACCCUCCCGAGCUCCAUCCCCUCCGGUCCGAGCCUGAGCAAGUACACCGACCACAAGUUCUCCAUCCCGAGCAUCAAGAACGCCUUCUCGUCCACCAGCCGCCUCAACCCCUUCCGCUCCCCCUCUCACCCGCCCCCGCGCCAGCAGAAUGACACCUACGGCGAGUCUUCCUGGUGGGCCGACUGGAAGUGGCUCUCCGUGCCUUUCUCCUCCUCCCUGACCCUCGACGAGGACCGCUCCCUCCUCCCGCCCCUCAAGACGCGCCCGCCCAUCUACUGCUACUACGACACCACCAUCAAGAAGGACGCCGCUUCCAAGGACGCGGAGAGCGAGCUCCUCCUGACAUGGCGCCGCGCCUGGUGGGCCCGCGGCUUCAAGCCCAUCAUCCUCUCCGCCGCCGAGGCCAUGAAGAACCCCCUCUACGACGAGCUCCAGCGCAACAAGGACAUCGACCCGGACCUCAAGACCGACCUGAUGCGCUGGCUCGCCUGGGACAACAUGCGCGGCGGCCUCCUCGCCCACCACACGACCCUCCCCAUGGGCUCCCACAUCGAUCCCCUCAUCUCCUACCUCCGCCGCGGCGAGUACCCCCAGCUCACGCGCUGGAACAACCUGGGCAACGGCCUCUUCGCCGGCGCCGAGAAGGACGUCACCGCCGCCAUCAAGGCCGCCAUGGCCGCCGGCUCCAAGCUUAAGGAGAGCAAGGACUUCGUCGCCGUCGCCUCCGAGGACACCUUCAAGAUCGACAACUUCCCCAAGGCAAUCGCCUACUACGACGUCGAGAUCAUCCAGGACAAGUACCCCAAGGUCGCCGAGGCCAUCGCCGCCGACCGCGCCGCCGGCCUCAAGGCCCUCAAGGAGCUCAUCAACGCCCACCUCCACACCACCUGGCAGAACGUCUUCUCGGACGGCAUCGCCGUCCUCAAGCCCCUGCCGCAGCACAUGACGCACAUGAUCGACGGCGCCUGGCACCUCGCCGGCGACCUCUCCAUGUGCCCCGACUCCCCGAUGCCCUCCUCGUGCCCGCCCAACAACGCAAAGUGCAAGCCCUGCGUCCCGGCCCAGCCCAUGCACGUCUCGACCCCGAACCGCUACUACAACACCACGACCCUCUACACCAUCGGCACCGUCCCGCACCCGUACACCACCGCCCUCCUCACCAACCUCCAGGACCACAUCGAGAUCCCCUGGAUCCGCCGCAAGUCGGAGCGCGACGCCUGGCUCGCCGCCGUCACCAAGGACCUCGUCGGCACCGGCGUCGGCAGCCAGUACCGCAUCAUCCGCUUCAAGGAGGCCGUCGCCGGCGAGUACGCCACCUCCCACUCCCUCUGGCUCCAGGCCGAGAAGGACAUGCCCAAGGACCUCGACUGGCACCUCGGCUUCGCGAUCCCCCACAACGCCACCGACGGCACCUCCGAGACCCCCGUCCCCGGCCCCGAGCGCCGCCCCCAGCCCCAGCACGACCCCAAGGACGGCCCCGUCGCCUCCGACGCGGACCUAGACAAGGAGCCCCCGCUGCUCAAGAGGGCGCGCGAGAUGGGCAAGACCAAGGACCCCAAGGACCUCGCCGUCCGCAGCGCCAUCGAGGCCUGGAACCUGGCGGACACCGAGGCGUGGAAGUUCGCGAGGGCCUUCCUCGCGCGUCGCAUCGUCGAGCGCAAGGAGUGGGAGGACAACGAGAGCCAGUACGCCGGCGGCGUCGGUAGCGAGAAGGGCCGCAGGCAGAGCUGGGGCGAUCGAUGGAACGAUAUGAAGGAGUAG